AUGGGCUCCCACGACAACUACACCUUUGCCAAUCAAUCCGCCAUUCCCUCUCCGCUGGACAAACAACUUCCGGCGUUUUUCAAGUCAUGGGACGACCCACACUCGAAGAAUGAGUGCCUCAACCUCUUCCACCCCACCGAAGGUCAACUAGUCUUCGGCAGCACCACGACGGGUCGUGAAGCCAUCCGUGCCUUUCGUGACGCCAUGAUCCAUCCCGAGAACGGCCCCGUCGUGGAUCUCGAGCAUACUCUCGGCAAAUGCUUCGUGCUGGCCGGCGGCGCCGGAGAGGGCAAGCAGGAAGUCAUUGUGAAUGGCAGCUUGUGGUAUAAGUUGAAGAAUGGACGCAAGAUCGACGUCGACUUUGCCAGUAACAUCCGGUUCGUAAGCCCAGGAGAAGGGGAGGAUCUCCUAGCCGAGUUUUAUGAAGUUUACCUCGAUGCGACUGAGUUGAUGGGUGCGAUCAAGGAGAUGAAUGAAGCGGACGAGCACUAG